ACGGCGCAGUGAGGAGGCGCGUGCGCGGCGGUGGCGUUGCGCUCUCCGCUCGUACCGCCGAGACCCAAGAGCGGCGUUCGGUGCCGCGCCUCUGUCCCUUCCCCUCCGCCUCUCGGCGGGCGGCCGCGCGUCCCCAUGGAGGAGCCGCCGGCGCUGCACCCUGUGAAGCUGUACGUGUACGACCUGUCCAAGGGCAUGGCCCGCCGCCUCAGCCCCCUCAUGCUGGGGAAACAGCUGGAUGGCAUCUGGCACACCUCCAUAAUAGUCCAUAAAGAUGAGUUCUACUACGGCGCUGGGGGAAUCUCCAGCUGUGCACCUGGAGGGACGCUUCUUGGCCCCCCAGACUCAGUUAUUGACUUGGGGAACACAGAAGUUACAGAAGAAAUCUUUCUGGAAUAUCUUUCUUCCCUGGGGGAGUCCAUGUUCCGAAGUGAGUCUUACCACUUCUUUGAACGUAACUGCAACACCUUCAGUAAUGAAGUGGCACAGUUCCUGACAGGAAGAAAGAUCCCUUCCUACAUCACUGACCUUCCAUCUGAAGUUCUUGCCACACCUUUUGGACAAGCUUUACGGCCCUUCCUGAGCCAGUUGCCUCCACCUGGAGGAAAUACCUUUAACAGGGAUAAUGGACAGAGCUAACAGGAGUGCCCUGCUGUGCCCAGCCUCACCAGGCCUCUUCCUUUUUAAGCACGAAUCUUCCAGAUUUCUAUUUUAUAAUUUCCCAUCUGAAUUAACUCUAUGGAAAUUACAAGACCAGUUUUAAAAUUUCUUAGGGAGAGGAUUUAUCAGGGUGCAUGCAAUCCAAGGCUACCAAAAAGAUUGCCAUAAUUUCUAAUAGUAUUAUGCUAAUUUAUAAAGGCUGUCUUGCCUGAAGUUAGGCUGAUACUUUCUAACUAAUUCCUCUGCUGGGAAGUGGGAAUUCAUUCCAUGAGCAUUCAAGCCCAUUAUGCAUUUUGAAGUAAAGGGGGUGUCCUAGCCAUCCCUUGCAUACUCAUGUGUCUCGUCACUGUCAAUAUUAUGGGGGUAUUUGCUCCAGUCUCUAGCAAGGGAGAUACUUGUAGCUGAGGAAGUAAAGGUGUCCCAGUACUUGUCUUGUGCAUAUUUCAUUAACAUUGUGUUAUUUGCUCAGGGGAAAAGCUGAACUCAUUUGAUAGGAGUAUUUGCAGUGGCACAGCAGUGAGAAAGGUGGCCCAGCUGAACCAGGCAGUGUGACUUUCAAGGCUGAAACUUUCAGUAUGUGUGUGGGAGGGAGGCUGCAUCUGAAAAAUACUCAUGAGAUCCAAGUGUUAUGAGAGACAGCAGCUGAAAGAACAAAAUCUUGUGAGUGUGAGUGAUGGAAACAGUGGAUAGAACCUUGUUAACUGCUUGCCUUUGCAUGGGAACUGUUUUUUCUCAGUAAGCAAGAGUUACAGCAUGGCAGUCUCUUGAUAACAUGAUGUAGGCCAACUCUGCCUUCAGUCUUUUGUUGCAGACAUGGUAAGGCUUCCAGCUGUUUCUGACAUUGCUGUUCUUUCUAAAGCAGCCAAGUACAUCACAGAGGGCUGUACGAGGAAAAGCAGGUGGUAUGUCUCCCUAAAUUUAAAGAAAACAAGGAAGAGUAAAAUUAAGCUUUCCUGUGGAACAAUUGGGUUGAUUGGGAUAUGUGGAGAAGCAGUCCUAUCCUUAGAUUGACACUAGGUUGUGUCAAUGCUGCAUCUUCUAAUUUAAGAUUCUUACAGCUUUGCAGUUAUUCACAGCAGAAAAAGAUCACAGGAAGAAAAAAACAGGCCCACUGAUUUCUUAUUGUGCAUGUAUAUAUGCUAAUUUUCUGAACAAUUCUGUAGCGAGUAUGCUUAGGAAGGAACACAACAACAUCAGAAAAACCCCAGAAUAUUGCCCUCCAAAUGGGCAUUGCACAUCUCAGAUACUGCUGGAAAAAAAAGUGUCUAUGCAAAUGUAUAGUCCAAUGUGCAGUGCUUUGUUGUGACAACAGCUGCUGCAUCUCCAAUUUCCUGUGCUGGAAACCACAUACCUGAUGGAGGUGUCCUUCCCCUGCUGAGCUCUUUCUCUCAGAAUAAUACAAAUUAGUGUGUUUCUCAUGCUGUUAGUCAGAGCAGACUAACACUGAAUAUUUUUGUGGGGAUGGAAUGAAGGAAAAUGCAGUUCUCUCACUGCCCAGUGCGCUGUUGCUCAGCACCUUGUGGAAUCACUACAGAACUGGAAAUCAGGUCCCUUUUGCAGUUAUGUGUGGCUGUUCUCAGUGCAGGUGGCCUGUGCAGCACAGAAUGGUUUUUGGUGGUGGUUGUGUUUGGUUUUUAUCUUUCAGUCUCUGCUUGUGCCAUCAGCUUCUCCUGGAGUGUUUCAUUUGGACUGGACUAGCAGAUAGCUGUAGCAGUUAGUAUAGAUGCAACAGCUUCAUGCAAAAGCUUUCAGUCUCUCCCCGACAAAAUGUACUGUUUGCAGAAAGCAUUCUGUAGUAAAUCAUUUACCAUACAGCACCUUCUGGUGUCCUGGGGAACAAUUGUUAGGUUUGCUUUCUGCUAAGCCAUAGAAGCCAUAGCUUAGUUUUUUCACUGUCUGUGUAUCACCUCUGAACACUCUUGAAGCCUAUUUUGUGAAGAGGAGUUGGUCUCUUAUCUUCCUGCAUGACUAUACCACAAAAUGCAGAAGCACAUUAGACAUCAUGGAGCUUCCCCAGACAAUCAGGUAUACCAAAGCUGAUACAAUGCAGCACAUCUGGGUAUGCUAUCUUGGUAUCCACCAGCAGCACAGCUGUGGCUGUUUCUUCCAGCAAACUGUCACUCCAGGUACAGCAAUCUGCUGGUACAGCUGCUCAGCAGAGGGAAUGCAGGCACCUUGCUCUCUGCACGCUCUGUUUCAUGACAAGUGUGUCCACUUCAGAGGUCCUAAGCGCCCAGUUUCUGCUUGCCUGCCUAUUUCAGAACAUAUCAGUGGGCUAUGUUUCUCAGACAUACUGUUUGCAGCAAUGAUGGUGCUCCCAGACAGCCUCCUUGUCUCCGGAACUGCUCUGUGUUUUGUGUAAACAGGACCUUUUCCUACAAAUCCUUUAUUUGAUCUUACUGGGUAACAAGACCCUUGUACCCUGUAGGCCUCUUAGGAAACCCAUUUUCUCCAAAGAUAUUUAGGUGUAACUUGCACAAGUCAUUCCUCCCAGCCAUAUGUACUCAUGGGAAUAUAAACUAGAAUGAGAUGUGUAUGUAAGCGUAUAGAGGUGGCAAACUUCAGCCAGCUCAGUGACAGAGGGGUAGGGCAGCUGCACUCCUGAAUGGGAGCAGAAUCCUUUGCUCAUGCUUCCUGAUCUGUUGUGUAUCUCUGGGGUUCCCUCCAUGCCAUUUAAAAAAAUGUUAAUUAAUAACAUCUUUAGAUAGAAA